UAUGCGUCAGGCACAAAGAAGUUUGAACGCCUAUCAGCGAUAAUUAUCCUUUUUAAAUCAGCUUUAAUGAAUCAGUUUUGGCGCUAGAGCUACUUACUCGCUACUGAAUCAUUCUACUUCAGCAAUAUCCGUGUUAAGGUUCCUUUCUACUUGGCUGAGAUGACUUUCUCACUAGGAUCGACUUCUUCUCAUACCUACGCCUGAAAUGAUUGACGCGUAACGCCUGGUGGUUUUCUCUGCAUUGGCCAGUAAAUUAGAGUCUGGCCUCAUGUUGGUGUUAGACCCUGAUUGGAGAAGCCAAAUCACACACUGCAUGGGGAUUGGCCGUCGCUGCUGGAUGUCUGCUUCCUGUUUCCUGCCCUGAGGGAUUCUUGAGGGCCCGUCCUGAGUGUUGGAUGAGCCUUAGAGCACACACACACGCACUCUCAGACAGCCACAGAUUUGGCAGGAUAACAUCCUCCGCCGCCCUGUAACUCACAUCUGCACUUGCACAGACACAUACAGUCACAUCUUCUCUGAAAUACGUGCACCGGGUGUUCGUCUGCGGCGCUGCGUGGACUCCCACCUGAGCAACCUGUCGGCGAUGACGUCACACAGCCACCAAGAGGGGAUCCUCGGGAAGGAGCAGCAGCUGGAGGUUUUGAAGACAUCGGCGCUCAACCACAUCCCAACAGUGGACAUCAGCUCGGCGUUGCCCCUGCGUCUCCCUCCAGCUGCCAUCCCCAUGGACCUGCGCGUGGACCACCACCACCAGCAGCAGCAGCAGCAGCAGCAGCAGCAGCAGGUGUCCUCGCUCUCCCCACCUGGUCAGCUGUCGCCCGGCUCCCUCGGUACCAGCCAGGGCGGCGUGGUGGCGGCCUCUGUGCGCGAGCAGCAGCUGCAGCAGGAGCUGCUGGCUCUGAAGCAGAAGCAGCAGAUCCAACGGCAGAUCCUCAUCGCGGAGUUCCAGCGGCAGCAUGAGCAGCUGUCCCGCCAACACGAGGCCCAGCUCCAGGAACACAUUAAGCAACAACAGGAGCUCCUGGCACUGAAGCACCAGCAGGAGCUUCUGGAGCACCAGAGGAAGAUGGAGAACCAUCGUCUGGAGCAGGAGCUGGAGAAGCAGCAGAGGGAGCAGAAACUGCAGUUGUUGAAGAACAAGGAGAGGGGACAAGAAAGUGCUGUAGCCAGUACUGAGGUGAAGAUGCGCCUACAGGAGUUUGUUUUGAACAAGAAGAAGGCUCUGGCCCAGCGGAGCCUCAACCAAGGAGGUCUCCCCAAUGAUGCUCCCUACUGGUACCGCAAAACCCAGCACAGCUCGCUGGACCAGAGCUCGCCUCCACAGACUGGUGUGUCCACCUACAACCACCCGGUGCUGGGUGUCUACAACCCCCGGGAUGACUUCCCACUGCGAAAGACUGCCUCCGAGCCCAACCUGAAGCUGCGCUCCAGGCUGAAGCAGAAGGUGAGCGAGCGAAGGAGCAGCCCGUUGCUGCGGCGUCGAGACAGCCCCAUCACGGCGGCCAAGAAGCGCUCGCUCGACAUGGCAGACUCUGCGUGCAGCAGCGCCCCUGGCUCAGGCCCGAGCUCCCCAAAUAACAGCUCUAACAACAUCCCCAAUGAGAACGGCAUCACCGUGUCAGUCUCCAACAACACGGAGGCUUCCUUGGCCCAGAGGCUGUGCAGCGUUGCUGAGCGAGGCUCAGUUAACCAGCUGUCCCUCUACACUUCACCAUCCUUACCCAACAUCACCCUGGGGCUGCCUGCCACUGCCACAGCCACUGCUGCUUCCAACGUGACCUCGGCCCAGCAGGAGGGCAGUCUGCAGCCAGCGCUCUCCCUCAGCCCUCCUUUCAUCUCUGGUGGCCAUUUGACCCCCUACCUGGCCGAGGCAGGAGCAGGAACAGGCGGACACGGGGCACACAGUCCUCUGCUCCAACACAUGGUGCUCAUGGAGCAGAGCCCGGCACAGAGCCCCCUGGUGACAGGUGUGAGCGGCCUCUCCAUGUCGCCUGCAGCAUCCAUGGCCAAGCUGCAGCGGCAGCACCGGCCCCUGGGAAGGACCCAGUCAGCGCCGCUGCCCCAAGGGAGCGCCGCCCAGGCUCAUGCCCAGGCCUUGGCCCUGCAGCAGCUCGUGGUCCAGCAGCAGCACCAGCAGUUUCUGGAGAAGCAUAAGCAACAGUUCCAGCAGCAGCAGCAGCUUCACCUCAACAAGAUGAUAGCCAAGCCCAGCGAGUCACCUGUGGGCCGCCAGCAUCAGAGCCACCCCGAGGAGACGGAGGAGGAGCUGAGGGAGCACCAGGAUGCCGGCACUCUGCCACUGGGGGUCACCAUCAAGCAGGAGCCGCCUGACCCGCAGGAGCUGGAGGAGGAGGCCCUGCAGCAGCAGCAGCAGCAGCAGCACAGAGAGCACAGGGAGCGGGAGAGGCAGGCGGAGCAGGAGCUGCUGUUCAGACAGCAGCAGGCCUUGCUGUUGGAGCAGCAGCGGAUUCAUCAGCUGAGGAACUACCAGGCCUCCAUGGAGGCCGACGGCUUGUCCGUCUCCUUCCCGGGACAUCGGCCCCUGUCCAGGGCCCAGUCGUCCCCGGCCUCGGCUUCCUCUUUUCCCAUCAGCGUUCCAGCCGCGGAUCCUCCCGUCAAACCUCGUUUCACCACAGGCCUGGUGUACGACUCUCUAAUGCAGAAGCAUCAGUGCAUGUGUGGAAACACCAACAGCCACCCGGAGCACGCUGGGCGGAUCCAGAGCAUUUGGUCCCGGCUGCAGGAAACCGGACUCCGAGCGCAGUGCGAGUGCAUCCGUGGGAGGAAGGCUACUCUGGAAGAGCUGCAGACGGUUCACUCUGAAGCCCACGUGCUUCUGUACGGAACCAACCCUCUCCGACAGAAACUUGAUUGUUCCAUCACUCCUAUGUUUGUACGGCUCCCGUGUGGAGGAGUUGGAGUGGACAGCGACACCAUUUGGAACGAGGUCCACUCCUCCAGUGCAGCUCGUCUCGCCGUCGGCUCUGUGGUGGAGCUGGUUUUCAAAGUGGCAACAGGAGAAAUCAAGAAUGGCUUCGCUGUGGUCCGGCCCCCUGGACACCAUGCAGAGGAGAGCACUCCCAUGGGUUUCUGCUACUUUAACUCCGUGGCCAUUGCUGCCAAACUGCUGCAGCAGAGACUAAAUGUCAGUAAGAUCCUCAUCGUGGACUGGGACGUUCACCAUGGCAACGGGACCCAGCAAGCUUUCUACGGCGACCCCAACGUCCUUUACAUCUCUAUUCAUCGCUAUGACGAUGGAAACUUCUUCCCUGGAAGCGGAGCACCUGAUGAGGUGGGCAGUGGUCCUGGAGUUGGCUUCAAUGUCAAUGUUGCCUUCACUGGUGGCCUUGAUCCACCUAUGGGAGAUGCAGAGUACCUGGCUGCCUUCAGGUCAGUGGUGAUGCCCAUAGCCAAUGAGUUUGCUCCAGACAUCGUGCUGGUGUCUUCUGGCUUUGAUGCUGUGGAGGGACACCCUCCACCGCUGGGCGGCUACACUCUGACCUCCAAAUGUUUCGGCUAUUUGACCAGGCAGCUCAUGACUCUUGCCGGAGGCCGGGUGGUUCUGGCUCUUGAGGGGGGUCACGAUCUCACUGCCAUCUGCGACGCCUCCGAGGCCUGCGUGGCCGCCCUGCUUGGCCAGGAGCUGGACCCGCUGCCGAAGGCUGUGCUCGAGCAAAGGCCCAACCUCAACGCUGUCCGCUCUCUGGAGAAAGUCCUGGAGACUCACAGUAAGUACUGGCGCUCAGUGCAUCGCUACUCGCCACGGCUCGGACUUUCCCUGCUGGAGGCCAAACGAGGGGACUCGGAGGAGGCUGAAGCUGUCAGCGCCAUGGCCUCCCUGUCUGUGGCCAACACCAACACUAUGGAUCAAAGGCCAGAGGAGGAACCGAUGGAGGAGGAGGAACCACUGUAACGGAGGGAAAUGCGAGGGUGUCACACUGUUACCACUGACCUCUCCGGAGAACACCUCUUUGAGCUGCGAAGAGUCUCGACUGAUCCCUUCAUUUAGUCGCCCUAACCCCACUCACCACGUCAGUCACCUUGAUUGGCGGCCCCUCGGCCAAAAACGAGGGAGAGGGGGUGGGCUCAGCCUCAGAGUAGGGAGCCAAUCAGGAGACAGAGGACUGAACUGGGGAAAAAAAAUAAACAUGACAGCGUUGCUUCGGCGGCGCUCGCUCAGAGACUCUCGUUUUUUUCUGUCAGUCUUCGCACCCCCACGUUAGCCCCCAGCGGCUAACCGAGCGACCAAGGCAGCGGGCGAGCCGGUUUGGAAUUGGCGCGAGAUGAGCCUCUCGCGUCAUAGGAAGGUGUGAUGACACUUCUGUGCAGAAACAUACGGUGCUUUACACAGCCGCCCUCUGACCACGGAAUGGACACCAGGGACGGCGUCAUCCCCAGCUGGCUGCCGCAGCUCGGGGAUCCUCUUUGGUCUUUUCUCAACUAUAUUUCCCUUCAAAACAAUGGCGUCAAGGCAACCGAGAUAAUAUUUAACAGGAUGCUUUCACUGUGGCCGAAAUGAGGCUUUUACAAAGAUUUGAUGGUGAGACUGUGACCUCGCUGGACCAGCCUGUCGUGGAGGGUUGACGAGUGAGAGGAGUGCCUUUGUGAAGGUCCGCUGAAAUUCAGGAUUGUUCAGGAAAUGAUUGCCUUAAGUUAAAAAGAUUUUUCUCCUUGAGAAAUCGGCAGGAGGGAGGGAGGGAGGGAGGGAGGGAGGUGGGGAGGGAGGGAGAUGGAGGGGUUCAAGUCCUACUGGGGACGAGAACGACAAAAAUAAAGCAAACAAUCUUUCAGCAUGUUUACUUGGAUGGUGAUGACGACAGCAUUUUUGUCUCUCACAGCCUCUCUUGAAGAGUUACUUUACUUUUGGAUGGAUCUAUUUUUGUGUAAAAAACGGAAAAGGCUUUGUUAAGGUAGUUGCCAGCUUCAGUAGACAAGGGGGCAAACAUGGAGACGUCUCAACAAGGAAAUUAGAUUGAAACCUGUCAAAAAGGUUCAGCCUUUUAUGUAGCUUCCCUUUAACCGCAGUCACCAUCGCUUUGAACACACACACGCGCGCGCACGCGCAGACUGAAGCAUGCAAUUGAGCAGAGAGCAGACAUUUUUGCAACAUUUCUGAAUGUUAUCCAAAAGAUAAAGCCAAGCAAGAAAAGCCAAAGCAUGAGUCCGCAUUUACAGUAGAACACUUCUGCUAUUGGCCCUUUGGGACGAGGCUCCCGGUGCGACCCGUUUACUGGCGCCAGCGCUCACACGCCGCGUCAGCAGUUCUUUACGUGCGCUGAGCCGCCGCCGUGGCGUUGGCAACUACCUUGGUUCUUAGUGUGAGCUGAACAUUAGUCAUGUAUAUUGGAUUGAAUAUAUUUUGUGGGGCAGUAAUGGAGUAUUGCCUGUGUGUAUUUACAUGUAUGAUUUUCACAUCAAGUUGUUAAUUUACAAUAUCAGAAAUGUGUUUGGUAAGCGUGUCCACUUUUUAUUUUUUAUUGUAUACGAUUAUUUUUCUAAGACUUAGGGUUUUCUGUUUCCUGAUAGUUAUAGGGCUGCCAUUUACAUACUUAGUCCUAUCGUCACUUGCUGUUCCAAACUUUCGUUUCUUGUAUUUAUCAAAAAUACGAAGCGACACUUUUCUUUCUUUCUUUCUUUGGCUCUCUAAGCCUCUGCAUUUCAUCAACUGUGUAUUUAUAACGUGCUGUUUAUAGAAGAUUUGUAUAUGGAAAAUUUAUAAAUGUACUCUAACUAAUGACAGCUAUGAUAUUGUGAGCGAAAACAGUAUGGUGUAUGGUUAUUACUCCAUGAACUUAGAAGACGCAGCAUAUUAACUUGUCAUCGACUGCACUGUUUUCAAGUCGCCCUCAAGUGAAUCAUUACUGCGAUUGAAUCUUGGACGCCUGAACAUCGGAUCCCUGCGUCGCCUUGUUGCUACAUUUGCCUCUCGGGCGACACGCAGUCUCUUUCCGACACACAAGUAAAACUAGAGGUUCAGACGCUGUUUUAUGUAGCUAGUUUACAUUGGUGGGAAAAGAAAAGAAGGGGACACGGCAAAGUGGAGUUCUCUCCAGUUUAAACUGGAAAAUAUCAGCUGAUGGUUUUAAUAAACUCUUUGAGAGCAUGUGUUGCACUAUCAUGUCCGCCUGUCCAUCACGUCAGUCUCCUUCUUCCCUUUUCCUGCUUCACCUCCACAGAUCUGACACUACUCUGCUGUAAAAUGACUCUCCAACCAACCCCCACUUGUUAACUGCUUUGUUAAACACCAGAUUAACAGUGACUGUCAUGUUUACUUCAAGCUUAUAUCAUUUUAUAAAGCUGUACAAUUUGAAAUUAAGUUGAUAUCUUUUCCAUGUCUAACAAACAUUCCACUUGUUACUUGUUUAAUUUGGCUUAACAUAUUUUUUUUAAGACGAUUGAGGUUUUUUUGUAGGAACUUUCUUACUUCUCUUUCUUUUUCGCUGUCUGCUCGCGCCAACUUUAACUCUUUGCAUGGUUUGUGAGUCAGCAUGCCUGCUUGUCUAUGUAACAAAAAUGUAUUUGCACAAUAGACGAAGAACACUGGAGGACUUAAAAAACGAAACCUCCCCCAAGGGCACCAGGUGGAACGACUGCUUCCUCUGUGGUGUGCAAACAAUUCAAAAGACUUUGUCCAAAUGACUCAACUGAGACACAUUUGAUAUUGUUCUUAUUGAAUAUUGUUUCCAAUAAGUGAUUUUAACAAGAUUCAGCACUUAAAACAUGUAUGGACUGUGUUUAAGAGAAACAUGCUCUGCCAAAACUCUGCUACAUUCUCACCUUAAAAAGACUCUCCCAAAGAAUGUACAUCUUUCAAAGAUUUUUAAACAGGCACUGCUAUGGUGGAGGAAUUUUGGAUAUUGGUUGAGAAAAUGUUUGGAAAAAAAGGGCAUCGUUGUUUGAUUGUCACACCCACCUCGACCAGUUCUACAUAUAUAUAAAUAUAUAUAACCACUGUGGUUCAAGAGCAAAUCUUGGUUUACAUGUAAAUGGAUAAAAAAGCUAUUUUUUGUUUGUUGUUUGUCUCUCUUGAUGAGAAAUGUUAUCUUUCUUUGGGACCUACGCUUUGGACAUUUCAUCUCUGACAUCAUCUAUAAAAUAUAUUUCUGAAAAAUACAA